UUUAAGGCGGGGCCCGCGGGGCCGGAGGAAGUCCCGUGGCGCUCGGCGGUGCCCUGGCCCCGCCGCGUCUGGGCUCUCCUGCGUUCGCUUGCGGCGACCCCCGUGUGUGGCAGCCCCCGGGACGCGGCCUCCCGCAGACGCUGCCCUGGCUGCUCUCCAUAGAGGCAUACCUUUGGCACCGCUGACUUCGUGGGACCUCACGCGGCCAUGGAUCUGGAUAAACACUCUGUCUGGGGCUCCCUGAAACAGCGGACCAGGCCCUUGCUAAUCAACUUGAGCAAGAAGAAGGUGAAAAAGAACCCAAGCAAAGCCCUGGACGUAAGGGCAAGGCACCAGCUGGACCGGCGGCUCAGCCUCUCGGUGCCCGACCUCCUGGAGGCCGAGGCCUUGGCUCCCGUGGGGCGGCCUUACUCGGGGCCCCAGUCGUCCUACACCUCGGUGCCCAGCAGCCUGUCCACCGCGGGGCUGCUGCCCAAGAGCGGCAGCAGCUCCUUGAAGCAGUCCGAGGAAGACCUGGAGUGGAGCCAGGAAGAGAGCAGCCACCUGCAGGCGGAGGAGACGGACUCGGAGGAGGCCCGGGCCUCCCCAGCCGCGCACAGGCGGGCGUCCGGCCAGGGCACCUGCGAGGCUCAGAAAACCCCCUUCGGCCAGGAAGCGCCAGAGGAGCCCGAGAAGCUCAGUGGAACGGGGGACCUGCAUGCCUCUAUGACAUCUCAGAAUUUUGAAGAUCAAUCUGCUGCUGGGGAAGCAGGCGACUGCGUGAGCAGCCUCCAGAGCCCCUUUGCCUACCUCCUCACCAUACACCUGAAGGAAGGCCACAACCUGGUUGUGCGGGAUCGCUGCGGCACAAGUGAUCCCUAUGUGAAAUUUAAGCUGAAUGGGAAGACGCUUUACAAAAGCAAAGUGGUGUAUAAGAACUUGAACCCCAUUUGGGAUGAGAUAGUUGUGUUACCAAUCCAAAGCCUUGAUCAAAAGCUGCGUGUGAAGGUGUAUGAUCGAGACUUAACCACAUCUGAUUUCAUGGGCUCUGCAUUUGUUGUUCUCAGUGAUCUUGAACUUAACAGGACGACUGAACAUAUUUUAAAAUUGGAAGAUCCAAACAGUUUGGAAGAUGACAUGGGAGUGAUCGUGCUAAGUUUAAAUUUAGUAGUGAAACAAGGUGACUUCAAGAGACACCAGUGGUCAAAUCGGAAGCGGUUAAGUGCCAGCAAGUCCUCUUUGAUACGCAACCUACGGCUCUCAGAGUCCUUGAGAAAGAACCAACUCUGGAAUGGGACUAUAAGCAUCACGCUGCUGGAAGGCAGGAACGUCUCCUGUGGCAGCAUGGCCGAGAUGUUUGUUCAGUUAAAACUGGGAGACCAGAGGUAUAAGAGUAAGACACUGUGUAAGAGUGCAAAUCCGCAGUGGCAGGAACAGUUUGACUUUCACUACUUCUCUGACAGGAUGGGCAUUUUGGACAUUGAAGUGUGGGCAAAGGACAGCAAAAAGCACCAGGAACGUCUGGGCACGUGUAAAGUGGACAUCUCUGCACUCCCGCUGAAGCAAGACAACUGCUUGGAGCUGCCACUGGACAACUGUGUGGGAGCCCUGCUCCUGCUGAUCACCCUGACGCCCUGUGCGGGCGUCUCCAUCUCUGAUCUGUGUGUCUGCCCGUUAGCAGACCCCAGCGAGAGGGAGCAGAUCGCUCAGAGAUACUGCUGGCAGAACUCCCUGAGAGAGAUGAAGGACGUUGGGAUUUUACAAGUGAAGGUUCUAAAGGCAGUGGAUCUCCUAGCCGCAGAUUUCCCAGGCAAGAGUGACCCUUUCUGCCUGCUGGAGUUAGGCAACGACCGGCUUCAGACGCACACCAUUUACAAAACCCUCAACCCCGAGUGGAACAAAGUUUUCACGUUCCCCAUUAAAGAUAUCCAUGAUGUUUUGGAAGUGACAGUGUUUGAUGAAGAUGGAGAUAAACCCCCCGAUUUUCUUGGAAAAGUUGCCAUUCCCUUGCUGUCUAUUAGAGACGGACAGCCGAACUGUUAUGUGCUGAAAAAUAAAGAUUUAGAGCAAGCUUUCAAAGGAGCAAUUUACUUAGAGAUGGACCUCAUAUAUAAUCCGGUCAAGGCAAGCAUCAGGACCUUCACCCCCAGAGAAAAGCGCUUUGUUGAAGACGGCCGCAAGCUGUCCAAAAAGAUCUUAUCGAGAGAUGUGGACCGCGUGAAGAGGAUCACCGUGGCGAUAUGGAACACGGUCCAGUUCCUCAAGAGCUGCUUCCAGUGGGAAUCCACGUCAAGAAGUGCAGUAGCAUUUGUGGUGUUUUUGGUCACCGUCUGGAACUUCGAGCUGUACAUGAUCCCCUUGGCUUUGCUGCUGCUGUUUGUCUACAACUUCCUGAGACCCAUGAAAGGCCGAGUCAGCAGCAUCCAGGAGAGCCAGGAGACCCCAGACCUGGAGGAUGAGGAGGAUGAAGAUGACAAGGAGUCUGAGAAAAAGGGGUUUAUUGAAAGAAUCUACAUGGUACAAGAUAUUGUUUCAACUGUCCAGAACAUCUUGGAGGAAGUAGCUUGUUUUGGAGAAAGAAUUAAAAACACGUUUAACUGGACGGUCCCGUUCCUCUCGCUGCUGGCCUGCCUGCUGCUGGCAGUAGCCACCAUCACUUUGUACUUCAUUCCGCUGCGGUACAUCAUUUUAAUCUGGGGCAUAAACAAGUUUACUAAGAAGCUUCGAAAUCCCUAUUCCAUCGACAAUAAUGAGCUACUAGACUUCCUCUCCAGGGUACCGUCUGAUGUUCAAAAGGUGCAGUACGCGGAAUUGAAACCCUGUGGUAACCACAGCCCAGUUCGGAAGAAGCGAAGUGCUCUCUAGGACGCACACCCCUGUGGACCCCAGUGCCAUGUGUGGCUAAAUGGACUAAUAUGACCGCUGUUUCAGGGGUGUCCAGGAAUGCAUGGCGUGUGUAGCCUUCUCUGUCCUUACCUACACAGAUGCACACAUAUCUCCACGAGCUGGUGUCCUACUUGCAAUGCAGGGUGAUCCUAGGACUGUGAAAAGACUAAUGUCCAUUCUGAAAUGGAAGGGAAAUCAAGGCUGGCAUGUGUCUCAGCACCCUACCUGAGAAGAACAGGAAGGCCCCUUAGAUCCGAGCAUGGCGCUGAACUCAUUUUUAUGCUCCCAACAAGUUCUCAUUAAGAUCCAGACAUGUCCACUCUUGAGCCCACACUCUUUUGAUAUUAUUGGUCACCUAAGUUUCUUUUCUCAGUUAAGUCUUUGAUAGUCAUCACCUGUCCAAAUAAUGUGUGCAGUAAAAAGACAUUUUCAUAAUGACCAGCAUUAACCUGAAGCUUUAGGCAGCUUGCAGCCAUGGUUAGUAAGGACAUGCAUGCCAACUCUCUGUGACCCUGUGUGCUAGGCUGCUUCAGGGCCCAGUGAUGGGUGCCCCAGGGAUCCCUCCUUCAAAGAGGGAGGGGUUUGGGGAAGUAUAACGUUGCCUUAAAACACGUCUUCCAACUCGGUUAUUUCCUCCAUAAAAUGUCUACAUACAGCUUCAGAAGCAUGGCAGGCAUGGAAGAGACAAAAGAGGAACGAAUUCUGAGAGGAUUUAGAAAGAUGCAGGGGACUAACAAAUGAAGCUGCUUACCUAAUUAUCAUCAUCAUUUCAUUUGUCUGGCUGUUUUGACCAGAAAGUCAAAAUACUUUGGCUGUGCAAAUUUAUCUUUUGUUCCUCUGAGGACCAAAAUAAGCUACAUACAAUAAAAAUGUAUUUCAGAAGCUGACUCCCAGAAAAUACCAUCCCAAAUCUUCCCUCAAUAGCAUUCUACUCCUUAAGACCCCACGACUACAAAACUCCAUACCCCGCCAAAUAAAACUCAUUUUGUGCAUAUAUAAAAUGUAUGCAGAUAUCUUUCUGUGCAAAUGAUAUUUAAGUUUUAAAGACUAUUUUGUUGUCACAUACUUCGUAUGGGCAGUUUUGUGUGUGCGUGUAUAUAUAUAUAUAAGCAUUGUAAAGAAACCUUGAAAUAAUGAAAUUUAAUUUAACAGUAAAUUUAUUAUGUAUUUUUUCUCUGGGUUGUAGUAUAAUAUCUUCAAACAAAAUGUUUAUGAAAAAUGCCAAAGAUUCUAAACCUUA